UCCUAUUGUCAACAAACAUCCAGCUAUCCUAUUUUAAAAGCAAAGGAUAAACCCUACUUACUAACCCUUUAACUACCUAUCUUCUUCACACUCUCUUCGUGCUCCCGCCGUAUUUCACUUCCCCUCUCUUCUCUCUUCUUUUCCUUCCUUCCUUCCUUCUGUCAACACCACUCUCUAAUGGCUUCCCUUGCUGGUUCAUCAAUCUCUAUGCAACCUCGCGAGACCCUGGCUACAAGCAGGGUUUCUGGGUUGAAAUUGGUUUCAUUUGUGAACCGGGGAAGAAGCAGCCUCUCCUUUAGGUUGCGUCCAGAUCGCUUGCGGAUUUCAUGUGCUGCCAAACCAGAGACAGUGGAUAAGGUAUGUGAAAUAGUAAGGAAACAACUAGCCCUACCAAGUGACAAACCAGUCACAGGUGAAUCAAAAUUUGCUGAACUUGGAGCCGAUUCUCUUGAUACGGUCGAGAUUGUAAUGGGGCUUGAGGAAGAGUUUGGAAUCACUGUGGAAGAGGACAAUGCCCAAAGCAUAUCAACUGUUCACGAUGCAGCCGAGCUUAUUGACAAGCUCUGCGGCGAGAAAAGUGCCUAGAAACAAACCAAGGACCUAAGUUUGGGAUUCAUUUGCCAAUUUAUUUGUGAACUCAUCAUGCCUAUUUAUUUGUUCAAAUCUAGUAAAACUCAUAAAGUGGUUGGUAUUUUAGUUAAAUUAUGGAUUUAACGCUUUUGUGUUGUAAGUCAAGAAAAUACUAUUUGAUCUUCUUUUCAGUAAGUUGCUAGCAUAUAUAAUUGUAAUGAGUAUUCUAGACUUAGCCUGAGGGUUAGGGGUUGAGUUGUCUAAAAAUGAUUAUAUGCCUCAUAUAUUACCAAAGAUUAUAUAAAUUGAAUAAUAUGAACCCGUAUCCUAAAUUAAA